UAAUUACCACCCCAUCCAUUAACUUCCUGCCUGCUGUCUGAUGCUGAAACCAAUCCAACACAGACACACCUCUAUCUCCUUUGUUUCUGUUCCCAAUUUCUAUUUCACACACAUCGAUGAUCGAUCGAUCGCUGCACCUCUGAAUCUUAGCUCAAAUUCCACCUCAAUUAUCACCAAAUCAAUGGCGGCCCUCGACCAACAACCGCUGCUUCACGACGGCGGCGACCAGAAGCCGCCGCCGGAAGGAGCGGCAAGAAGGUUCCGGCGAUGCAGGACGGCGCCCUCCUCCGAGCCUCCGCCCACGGACAAGGACAACUCCUCGGCGGCCGACGCGCCUCCCAAGACGCUCUUCACCGGCGGCGGCCGCCCCAGCUUCCGGCUCGUCGGCCUCCUCCUCGUCGCGUACCUCCUCCUCGGCACCAUUGCCUUCUACCUCGCCAUGGACCACAUGUCCGGCACCCGCACCACCCGCGCCCUCGACGCCCUCUACUUCUGCGUCGUCACCAUGACCACCGUCGGCUACGGCGACCUCGUCCCCGCCAGCGACGCCGCCAAGCUCCUCGCCUGCGCCUUCGUCUUCGCCGGCGUCGCCGUCGUCGGCACCUUCCUCAGCAAGGCCGCCGACUACCUCGUCGAGAAGCAGGAGGCGCUCCUCUUCCGCGCGCUGCACUCGCACACGAUGGUGCGCGCCAUGGAGAUGAACAAGGUGAGGUACAAGCUCUACACGGCGGGGCUGCUGCUGGUGGCGGCGGUGGCGUCAGGGACGGUGGUGCUGUGGAAGGUGGAGGGGAUGCGGGCGGUGGACGCGUUCUACUGCGUGUGCGCGACGGUGACGACGCUGGGGUACGGCGACCGGAGCUUCUCGUCGGAGGGGGGGCGCGCGUUCGCGGUGGCGUGGAUCACGGUGAGCACGGUGGUGGUGGCGCUCUUCUUCCUGUACGCGGCGGAGCUGUACACGGAGCGGCGGCAGAGGGAGCUGGCGAGGUGGGUGCUGCGGCGCCGGACCACCAACAUGGACCUGGAGGCGGCGGACCUCGACGGCGACCACCGCGUCGGGGCCGCCGACUUCGUGCUGUACAAGCUCAAGGAGCUCGGCAAGAUCAGCCAGGAGGACAUAUCGGAGUUCCUCGACGAGUUCGACAACCUCGACGCCGAUCACUCCGGCACCCUCUCCCCCGCCGACCUCGCCGCCGCCCAGCCUACUCCGGACCCGCCGCCUUCCCUGCGUUAGACAUUUCAUUUCACCGCCAUUUUUCUUUCUUUCUUUCUUGGAAAUACUCCUCCAAGAGUUAGUCCUACUGUACAUUUACUGAUGUAAAUUACUCAAUUGAAAUUAGUAGUUGUCCAAAUUGAAGCCUGUAUAACAUUUUCUUUGUCUAAAAUUAUAUGUAUAACCUAUUUUGCCUUUUUUUUUUACUAGGUAGGAGUAGGACUUGUUAGGAGUACUAUACUAAACUGAUAUAGUAGCAUGUAAAAAUUACUCCACUAAUGUGAAAUUUUUGUGUUA